CAUCUCAUGGCCUGCACACUCGUCAUCAUGGCUCUGAAUGUUAGCUGUUGUUGGAAAGGGCUCCUCCUGAUCUUUUUCCUCUCAAUCUGUGCCCAUGGAGAAGCAGCAGAGACAUCUUUCAUGGUGACUUUUCCUGCCGUGAUUGAGUCAGGAUCUGAGGCCAAACUGUGUGCAAGUCUUCUGAAGCCCAAUGAAAGCCUAGUCAUGAACAUUUAUCUGGUUGAUGGGAGUCAGAGCACAUUACUGCUGCAGGAGAAAGCUGAGCAAGAGUUUCACCGCUGCUUUAACUUCAAGGCUCCUCUAGCAGAAGCAGAAUCAGUGCAGAAAAUCAAGGUUGAACUUCAGGGAGAGUCCUUCAAGAUGACUGAGGAGAGAAAAGUCAUGUUCAAAUCUUACGAUCCUCUGACCUUUAUCCAGACUGAUAAACCCAUCUAUAUGCCUGGACAGACUGUGAACUUCAGAGUUGUUACCAUGGAUUCAAACUUUGCACCAGUUGAUCAGCAGUACAGUAUUAUCGUGCUUGAGGACAGUCGUGAAAACAGGAUUGGUCAAUGGACAAAUGUUUCCUCAACAAGGUGGAUUUUGCAGCGUUCAUAUGAACUAAACCCAGAAUGUCGUGAAGGCUCAUACCAGCUGAAGGCUUUUAUUGGGGAAAUAAUGAUCUCACAUUAUUUUCAGGUGAAAAAAUACGUUUUGCCCAAGUUUGAAGUUACAGUAAAAAGACCAAAUAAAGUGAGUGCUGUUGAAGAGGAACUGUUAAUUGAGGUUUGCGCAAAAUACACUUAUGGACAGCCUGUUCCUGGUAAAUCAUGGGUAAAAGUGUGCCGUAAUUCUUUGCCCUACAUUGUUGUCUUUCCAUUGUGUUUAGAGGAAACCAUUGAGAUAACAAAGACUGGCUGUGCCAUCCAUAACUUCGGUUUAUCAAUGUUAUUGAACUCCACAUUUAAGGAGAGACUAAAGAAUUCUUUUCACGUUGAGGCAGUGGUUACAGAAGAAGGAACAGAGAUCACCAUGGCUAAAUCUGAAUCUGUACCUCUCACAUAUGAAAUUGGCAAAGUCACACUUAUUGACCUGCCCAAAACAUAUGAACAUGGAUCAGUCAUCGAAGGAAAAAUUAAACUUUCCGAUUUUAAAGAUGCUCCAAUUCCAAACAAAGAGGUUUAUCUUUUAGAGGGUGAAAACUGGUCCUCCAAACUUCUCCUAAAUCUCACUACAGACAGUGAUGGACUGGCCAGCUUCUCUCUUAAUACAUCUAGUUUUUCUAAAGAAGACAUUUCUCUGAUUGCAAACGUGUAUCCAGAUACCCGUUAUCAAGGCUACAUGACACCUUACUUCUCUACAGAUAAAAAAAAUGUUCAACUCUUCCAAAUCGCUGCUCCAUACUCCCCAACAUUAAGUGAACUGAUUAUAGAGAAUAUUGAGCAGCCAUUAAAGUGUGACACUGAGAUUACAGUCACCGUCAAGUAUUACUUUGUUGGAGAGACUGUUGAAGACUUCAAUACUGACAUUGUCUAUAUGGUCUUGUCCAGAGGAGCGAUCGUUCAUCAUGGAUAUGAGAAGGUUGAAGUGAAGUCUUCUUCUAAUGGAGUAGCUAGUGGCACAAUGUCCUUCAAACUGUCUGUUGGUGCAGAUGUGGCUCCUGAAAUGCAGAUUCUGGUGUACUGUGUUCUGCCCAGUGAAAAUAUUAUUGCUGCUAGCAAAAGACUAGACACUGAAAAAUGUUUUGGUAAUAAGGUUUCUCUGCAGUUUUCUCCUGCUAAAGCAGUUCCUGGUGAGAAAAACACUCUCCAGCUUUCUGCCCAGCCUGGUUCACUGUGUGGCCUCAGUGCUGUAGAUCAGAGCGUCUUGAUCCUGGAGUCAGGAAAACGUCUGGAUGCUGACAAGAUCUUCAACCUGCUGCCAGUUCAGUCGGUGUCAUAUUAUCCUUACAGUGUUGAAGAUGAGCAGGCAUGUCUGUAUGUAAGACCUCGUCGAUCUGUGCUGACAGACAACACCUAUGAAAGCUUAAAGAGUGUGGGGCUGAAAAUGGCAACAAAUUUGGCUGUGCGAGUCCCUGAGUGUCUGUCAUACAGAGGCUUGACUUAUCACAAAAAUAUAGUGCUGUAUCGUCAGUAUGCUCCAGUACCAGUAAUGUUUGCUCAAGGAAUGGCUGGCAUUGAUGGACCGGAUGGACAUUCUCCAUCAGUGACAAUUAGGACAGUCUUUCCAGAAACAUGGAUCUGGGAACUUGCUGAAGUGGGAGACUCUGGAUCAGCUGAGAUUCCUGUCACAGUUCCUGACACCAUCACCUCUUGGGAGACGGAGGCCUUCUGUCUGUCCUCCACAGGUCUGGGUUUGGCUCCUCCUGCUCAGCUGACAGUUUUCCAGCCCUUCUUCCUGGAGCUCUCUCUGCCUUACUCCAUCAUCCGUGGAGAGAUCUUUGAGCUCAAGGCCACUGUCUUCAACUAUCUGUCUAAAUGCAUCAUGGUUAAAGUGAGUCCAGCUCCUUCCUCAGACUACACUCUCAAAGCCUCCUCCGAUGAUCAGUAUUCAUCCUGUCUCUGUGCUAAUGGAAGAAAAACCUUUAAAUGGACCCUCACUCCUUCUGUUCUUGGAGUGGUGAAUAUUACAGUCAGUGCAGAGGCAGAGGCGUCCCAGACUGUUUGUGAUAAUGAGAUUGUGAGUGUGCCAGAGAGAGGACGCAUUGACAUCGUCACACGAAGUCUGCUUGUGCAGGCUGAAGGAAGUGAAAAGACAGAGACCAAGAGCUGGUUACUGUGUCCAAAGGGUGACAGUCUCUCAGAGGAAGUGGAUCUGACUAUUCCUAAAGAUGUGAUAGAGGGAUCAGCAAAAUCCUCUGUUUCAGUCAUUGGAGACAUAUUGGGUCGAGCGCUGCAGAAUCUUCAUGGAUUAUUACGGAUGCCGUACGGCUGUGGAGAACAAAACAUGGCUGUUCUUUCUCCUAAUAUUUACAUUCUGCAGUAUCUGGAGAACACAAAGCAGCUCACAUCAGCCAUCCGAGAGAAAGCCAGCAGCUUCCUUAAGAGCGGAUACCAAAGACAACUGAACUACAAGCAUUCUGAUGGGGCAUACAGCACAUUUGGUUAUGGUGAUGGGAAUACAUGGUUGACUGCCUUUGUCCUGAGGUCUUUUGGCAAAGCUCAGAAAUACACAUUUAUUGAUCCACAAAUUAUUCAGAGUGCAAAGGAUUGGUUAUUAAGCAGACGGGAUUCAGACGGCUGUUUUAUCCAACAGGGAAGACUCUUUAACAACAGAAUGAAGGGUGGAGUGAAUGAUAAUGUGACCAUGACGGCCUACAUUACUGCAUCACUGCUUGAACUGGAAACUCCAGUCACAGAUCCUGUCAUCACUAAAGGUUUUUCAUGCUUGAGGUCCGUCAUUGAGGACGUCAAAAACACCUACACCACUGCUCUGCUGGCCUACACUUUCAGUCUGGCUAGAGACACCAACACUCGACAGCAGCUUUUCAACAAACUGGAGGAUCUUGCUAUUUCAGACGGUCCUCUUGUCCACUGGUCUCAGUCUGCAUCUGCUGAUGACUCUAAUUCUCUGGAUGUGGAGAUCAGCUCAUAUGUGCUGCUAGCUGUUCUCACUGCAGAUUCACUCACUCCAGCUGAUCUGGGCUUUGCUAACAGGAUUGUCAGCUGGCUUGUGAAGCAGCAGAAUGCCUAUGGAGGAUUCUCCUCCACACAGGACACAGUGGUGGCUCUUCAGGCUCUGUCUUUGUACGCCACCAAAGUGUUCAGCCCUGACGGCUCCAGCACAGUGACUGUACAGUCAGCAGGAGACUCUCACCGCUUUGAUGUCAAUCAGGACAACAAGUUACUGUACCAGGAGAAGCAGCUGGCCAAUGUGCCAGGAAAAUACAGCAUUGAAGUCAAGGGCUCAGCCUGUGUGUCUGUACAGAUGGCUCAGUUCUACAACAUUCCCACUCCUACUGAAGCUAAAACAUUGAGCAUUGAUGCUAUAAUUAAAGGAGACUGCGAAGCACUGGGACAAAAUUUCAUCUUCGACUUCACUGUCAAAUAUGGUGGGCCAGAGGAAAAGACUAACAUGGCCAUUGUAGACAUCAAACUGUUAUCUGGAUUCACAGCUGAUACAUCUGCGCUUGGUACUUCAGGAACGUAUGUAUCACUUGUGGAGCGGGUCGAUUCCAAAGAUGAUCAUGUCAUUGUGUAUCUGAAGGAGAUCCCUAAAAAUGUUGCAAUGAAUUACCAGAUACAAAUGAAACAGGUUCUACCAGUUAAGAAUCUCAAGCCAGCUGUGGUCAAAGUGUAUGAUUACUACCAAACAAGCGAUCAAUCAGAGAUUGAAUACUCCUUCCACUGUGAAGCACUGAAGAACAUCAAUUAAUAUUUUUAAAUGAUGAAACAUGUUUAAGCAGUGAAAUGUUUUUCUAUAUUCUGGGCAAAUUCAUUCCCACCCAUCAACCCAACCCAUCAUAUCUUGAGAAACUAACUAAUUAAUUCACACACACAAAAAGACUUUGACAUCAUGAUUUAACAUGAUUAUUAAAAGUGUUGAACCCAA